GAGUUCCUUUCGGAAUUAUAUCUAGUCCGUUCUUAUUAAAUGCAACAAUUAAACAUCAUCUUUCUAAAGGAAAUGAACAGCUACAACUAAUUGCUAAAGAUAUUUAUGUUGAUAAUUUAGUAACUGGGGUUCAAACACUUGACGAGGCUAUCCAAAUAUAUCAAGACACAAGGGAUACGUUUGGACAAAUUUCAAUGAACCUUAGAGAUUGGAGUUCAAAUUCGAAACAAUUUAUGAAUAGAAUACCCGAUGGUGUUGAAGAAAAGGUUGUAAAAAUUUUAGGCCUAGAUUGGAAUUUAAAACAUGAUACGUUACAUGUAAAGUUCACGUUAACCACCGAAGCAUAUUCUAAACGGGAAGUAUUGAAGGUAAUCGCUUCGAUAUACGAUCCUUGUGGAUUCGGAGUACCACAUGUUUUAUCAGCUAAGCUAUUUCUACAAGGACUUUGGAAGACUAAAGUUAAAUGGGAUACGAAGUUUUCAAAAGAAAUGCAAGAUAAAUGGUCAGAAAUCCGAAAAGAAUUAGAGACUAUUAGAGGAAUAUCGAUACCUAGAUGCUAUAUAAAAAAUGUAAAAAGCGAAGAAUAUCAUUUGCAUUGUUUCACAGACGCUUCACUCAAAGCGUAUGCUGCAGUAGUAUACAUAACACAUGGUGCUAAGACAAGUUUUGUCAUAGGAAAAACACGAUUAGUCCCUAUAAAGUAUCAACAACAUUUAAAAAUUCCUCGGCUAGAAUUGCUAGGAGCUUUAAUUGGUUGCAGACUAAUUAAGAUGGUUUUAAAAGCAUUUAACAUGAAAUUAGGAUAUCAAACAUUAUGGACUGAUAGUCAAAUUGUCAUAGAAUGGUGCCAAUCGGAUAAAUUGCUUCCACCAUUCGUAUCUAGACGAGUUGAGGAAAUAAGGAGUAAUAAAGAGCUCAUGAUUAAGUAUGUUCCUUCAGAGUUGAAUCCGGCAGAUAUUGCAACCAGACCGAUGAGUUCCAACGAAGACAAGGAAAGAUGGCUUACAGGUCCACAGUUUUUAUCAGAAUCCGACAAACAGAAAACGCCUGUGAAAUACAUGUCACAGUCAUUUUUUCUUUCGACGCGGGAGGGUCUGCCGAAUACCUCUAAAGAAAAGGAUAGUAAUCUAGAGCUACAAAACAACUUCUCAGGAGAAAGUAUUAGAGCCAAAGAAGAUAGCAGAACUAGUUACAAAGAAUCGCUUUGUAUUACGGAAACAAUAAAGAAGCUACAAGCAGAAUACUUCACUCAGGAAGUUGCGGGGAAAGAAACUGAUUUAAGUCGUAAUCUCAAGUUAUUUAAGGAUGUUGAUGGAUUACUACGGUGUAAAGGACGUCUUCAGAAUGCAGAACUAUCGUUUGACAAACGGUACCCUAUAUUGAUACCUAAGGAAUGUGACUUUACGAAUAACCUUAUAAAGAAAGUUCACAAUGAUAAUUAUCAUGUAGGGGCGAAUCAUACACUUAGUCUCAUCAGACAGUCAUAUUGGAUACCAAAGGGUAAAUCUCAGAUUCAGAGGAUGUUGAAGAAAUGUCCAAGGUGUAUUAAACAUGGAGCGGGUCCAUUUAAGUUACCACCUACUCCAGCGCUUCCUGUAGAAAGAGUAGGUUACAGCGAACCAUUUACCUUUGUAGGGAUAGACUAUAUGGGUCCUGUUCUUGUCAAGAGUGGACAAAAGAGAUGGAUCUGUUUAUUCACUUGUUUAGCGGUGAGAGCUAUUCAUUUAGAAUUAGUGCAAGAUCUUACAGCGGAGGAAGGUUUAUUGGCGUUGAGAAGGACAAUAGCAACCAGAAAGGUCCCUCAACUCAUUACAUCAGACAACGCGACACAUUUCAAACUUAUAGCAGAGAUUCUCUCGAAACAAUAUUGUAUUGACAACAAAAUUCAAUGGAAGUUCAUACCUCAGUUGACGCCUUGGUUUGGUGGAUUUUACGAAAGAUUGAUAGGGAUAGUUAAGAAUUGUAUGAAGCGUACACUAGCAAAGCACAUGCUUUCAGAUAGUCAACUAACUACCGUAGUCAAGGAAAUUGAAGCUGUAAUAAAUUCAAGACCGCUUACAUGUGUAGAUUCAGAGUUGGAUAUAAUUCUAAAACCAGCUGAUUUUCUUACACUAGGAAGUUGUAUCACUAUAGAAGGAACUGUCGAAGAUUGUCUAGAGAAAGGUACUACGAUUAAAGUCGAUCUUAUAAAAAGUUGGAAGAGGGGUCUCAUCAUCGUAAGAGAAUUCAAAGAUAUGUUUGUUAACAGAUAUUUACUAAGUCUCCGAGAAAGGUAUCAGCACUCACAUAAAGAGCCACGUGUCACAUCGAAACAGUCUCCGGCGAUAGGACAGAUAGUGCAAAUAAAAGGAGAAAAUAAAAAUAGAGAAACCUGGAGAGUAGGAAAAAUUGUUUCACUGAAAGAAGGAAGUGAUGGUUUAUGUAGAGUAGCCAUAGUAAAGGUUGGAGAUAAGAAUUUCACACGGUCAAUAGCGCAUCUGUACCCUCUAGAGGUUCAAGAGUCAGAGGAAGACAUGGAAGAAAGAUUUAUAAGAGAUGAUACUUCGAGUGAGCUUGCUUCUGCCACGUUAGCCGAGCCUUUGGAAGAGAGUACCGACAGACAGAUAACUAUCUCAGAGGGGAUAGCUCAAGAAGAGAACUCACCUAUGAUCCAAAUAGACGAACCCAUUCAGGAGACAAUGGAGUGUGAAACCUUAGAGAGUGAAGGUAGAGAAUCUAUUGGGGAUGUUAUUGAUUCAGAGGAAGUCGGGACACUAGCGAGAGACGAGGAGAAGGAAGAAGAUGGUAGAGUGGGUAGAGUGAGGAGAGUUGCGGCCACUAAAGCCCUACAGAGGAUUAAAGAGUGGACGAACAACUUAUUAUGCCUAUUUUGAUCUAUUUUCCGGCCGGGAGUGUCGCGAAGUUACCCAUUCGCGAAGUAAUCAGAAUAAAGUUACUCAAAAUGGUUGCUGCGGCUCGAAAUGGCGAGGCACCGAGCACGUGGAUUAAACCCGUUCCAGUGUUCGUGUGGAUGGUGAAGUCAAAGCUAAGUACCUAGGCUAUUUCAUAUUUAGACCAUUUUCUAUGUGUUAGAUAUUCCCGGUUAACUUGUAGAUAUAAAAGUCCCACGUGUAAUGGUUGCGCACCCAUUGUUAGUUUGUUAGUGGAUAUAUGUGUGUACCUCUCAUCACAAGCCAUUGGGACCGAUUAUACAGCAUACGCUAUGAGACGGAUGGUACCGACAUCAUUGAUUAUACAGCAUACGCUAUGAGACGGAUGGUACCGACAUCAUUGAAUAUACAGCAUACGCUAUGAGACGGAUGGUACCGACAUCAUUGAAUAUACAGCAUACGCUAUGAGACGGAUGGUACCGACAUCCUUGAAUAUACAGCAUACGCUAUGAGAAGGACGGUACAAGCAAGGUAGACAGAGAGGGCGUUAGACUCGCUCAGUAGCGCGAGGUCAGCCGGGCAUUCUGUCACCAGCGAUGGUUCCGAGGAACCAUAGCCAGCCGAAGUAACCUUUAAAUCGGUGAAUAGAAUAUAUAUUGGAGGGUCCCAAUCGCUGGGUGGGAGGGAGAUGCACACAUUCCUAACCUAUAGAUACCAAGAUAGAGAAUUGCCCCAUGGUCUAGGUCUUAGAGAUUUCACCUACGGUGAAAUCAUAGUUUGUGUAACCCUACAGGUCACUGAGAGACGAGCUGGAACAGUCUGAACGAUGCAAGGAAUAGAAAGGACGUACGGGGGUCGACAGUGAACGACCGACCUACAAAGAAACAGAUAAAGGUGAGCGUGACUCCUAUAAUAUGUACGAAUUCGGUAACCCCUCUCACUUCUGACGAAUAGUAUGGUUCAUAUAAAGAGAAAUAAAAGGCGAAGCAGAUGAAGUAGAAGUUAGGGGGGU